GUGACACCCUUGAAGUUCAACCAACGCAACCCAGCCUCAUUCGUCCGCCAGCCAUGUCUUCCACAACGGUCACAUCCCUCGCAAACCAGCUCACAAACCUCAACCUAUCUCAGAAAAGGGCCGAUGACUCCAAAGGGAACAUCUCAAAGCUCUUGACCAAGUUUGCUGCACCAAAUCCAGUGCCCACAAAACAUAACACCAAGCCUGCAAUUCCAUCGAAACUGUCCACAAAAGUUAGUUCUUCUUCAUUGAAGACUCACAAUUCGACCCUUUUCUUGUCUCAAAAUACGACCGUGACGAAGGCCAAACCUAAACCGAGGGACAUGUCGGAGCUAGACAUUGGGAAGUACGAUGGAGGUCUCGAAGCGGACAACCAUGAAGCUGUCACGUCGGAAGACUUGGCGUUGAACUCAAGCAACCUCGAACAACCGACACCCAACUGGUCGCUUCACGACUUCCAAAUCGGCCGACCUCUAGGAAAAGGAAAGUUCGGCCACGUCUACAUGGUCAGAACUAACAGCCCUCCUCAUUACAUUCUUGCCUUAAAGGCUCUUUACAAAACGGAACUUAUCAAAGAAGGCACCGAAAAACAGCUCCGCCGCGAAAUCGAAAUCCAAAUGAACCUACGACAUCCCAACAUCCUUCGUCUUUACGGCUACUUCCACGACUCCAAACGAGUAUUUCUUAUGCUCGAGUUUGCUGGUCAGGGCGAGAUGUACAAACAGCUGCUCAAGCGGGGUAGCUUUUCGGAGAGACGAAGUGCUUCGUACGUCUAUCAGAUGGCGGAUGCUCUGUCAUAUCUUCACUCGAAACAUGUCAUCCAUCGUGACAUCAAACCCGAGAACCUUUUGAUUGGGCUUAAUGGCGAAUUGAAGUUGGCAGAUUUCGGGUGGAGUGUGCAUGCUCCGGGUAAUAGACGGAACACGUUUUGUGGAACGUUGGAUUAUCUACCCCCGGAGAUGGUGAGAGGGCAAGAAUAUGGUGUCUGGGUUGAUCAUUGGGCAUUGGGAGUCUUGACGUAUGAGUUCCUAUGCGGUAAGCCGCCGUUCGAAGACGUGUCAAGUCGGAAAAAUACAAUGAAACGUAUUGCGGAAGUAGAUUACAAGUUCCCUUCACAUGUCCGACCUGACGCUAAGGAUCUCAUUUCCAAGCUGUUGAAACGAGACCCACAGACCCGAUUACCGCUGAAAGAGGUCAUGGUACAUCCUUGGGUCGUUGCUAAUCAUAAUCGUCGUCCGCGGGGUGAGCCAUCGUCUUCGCAGUGACCGCUGUACAUCCUUGCGAUCCGGAGCCACCAUUCCUUUGAACACUCUGUUCUUGCAGUUGGACAUUGACCAAGUACUUAUUUAUGGCAUGUAUACGUUGUAUUCUAAUUGUAUGCAUACUAUCAUCGUUCAGUCAGGCUGCGCGACGUUCCACCAUGCUGUAUUUUUAUAAAGAGGUACCUCAGUACACCACA